CCCUGAACUUUUAAAGUCGUUAAAAAUACUCCUGAACUAUUAAAAUUGUUAAAUUUAAGGAUUUUUUUUUUCAAUUUUAGUAAAAAAAUCUGACAUGAGCAUGGUUUAGUACAUAAACAAAUAGUAAAAUUGAAUAAAAUUAGACAAAAUCUUUAAAUACAACAAUCUAACUAGUUCAAAUUGACACUUGAUUUUAUUAUAAUAAAUUAAAGGAUCUUUUUAUUUUUAUACUUCAAAUCAGUUUUUCUUUUGCAUUUUUACAGAAUUCUACAUAGAAACUCCUAUUCCAAUUAGCGGUGUAACUUAAAUUGUAACAAAAAAUCGUAUAGAAACCCUUAUUGCAACUAGCACUGUAACUACUUUAGAAACUCAAACCGUAAAUUUAAAAAAAAAUAAAAAAUAAUAUAUAAAGUAAUUUUCCUAAAUUAAUUUUUUUUUUUAUUUUUUAGUGACAAAAAAACUCAAAAUUAAAAAAAGCAAAAAGCAAAAGAGGAUGGACAUACAUACAUUACAUGGGAUGCUUUACUCUUCAGUCUCUGUCUGUCUCUGUCUGAACUCGAUCUGCGGAUUUGGAAACACAUUUACAUUUACUCACUUAACUCAGUACAGAAGAAGAAGAAGACGAAGAAGACGAAGAAGAAGAAGCCAAUGGUACUCCUUUUACUACUACUACUUCCGUUCAUUCACUCUCUCCUCCCCACAUCCACUGCCCAUUUCUCAUCCUUUUCUUCUACUUCUCCUUCCGCUUCCUUCUCCGAAUGGCGACCCGCUCGUGCAACCUACUACGCCGCCGCAGACCCUCGAGAUGUCGUGGGAGGCGCCUGUGGAUACGGAGACCUUGUCAAGAGCGGUUACGGAAUGGCCACCGUUGGAUUGAGCGAGGCUCUGUUUGAGCGGGGUCAGAUCUGUGGUGCUUGCUUUGAGCUCAGGUGUGUUGAGGAUCUCCGCUGGUGCAUUCCGGGGACUUCGAUUAUCCUCACCGCUACCAACUUUUGUGCUCCAAAUUAUGGCUUUACUACUGAUGGAGGCGGCCAUUGUAACCCUCCUAACAAGCACUUUGUUCUUCCCAUUGAGUCCUUCGAGAAAAUCGCCAUUUGGAAGGCUGGCAAUAUGCCUGUUCAGUAUCGCAGAAUAAAGUGCAGAAAGGAAGGAGGAAUACGAUUCACAAUUGACGGUUCAAGUAUCUUCAUUUCGGUGUUAAUCAGCAAUGUUGCCGGUGCUGGAGACGUAUCUGCUGUGAAAAUUAAGGGUUCAAGAACUGGUUGGCUUUCAAUGGGAAGGAACUGGGGCCAAAACUGGCACAUAAAUGCUGAUUUAAAAAAUCAACCCCUAUCCUUUGAAGUCACUAAUAGUGAAGGUGUCACUGUUACAUCUUACAGUGUUGCUCCCAAAGAUUGGAACUUCGGACAAUCAUUUGAAGGAAAGCAAUUCGGGUCGUAGAAAGGCUAUUCCAGCUUUGAGAAUGAGGAUUGAAUGGUAACAUUUCGUUUUUUCUUUGCGGUGUAAGAAGUUGUUUCUUUUAUAUUUUUUAUUUUUCUUUUCUCCCAUGUAGUUUUUGGUCUAAAAUAGUUAGGUAGUAAAUUUGCAUGACAUGAUAUUGUAUACUAAAUAUUUUGGAAAAAUCCAUUAAAUUAAAUACGUGGUAUUGAACCAAA